AUGAACGCAAAGAUCCAAAAAGAACCAGAGAAUGUUGUCAAUCCACUGGAUAAGUUGUUUGCUAAAGCGGCAGAAAGUAAAGUAAGUUAACAUUACUUUAAAAGUAACUUUUAUUUUAAUUUUGAAAGUUUAGAUACGUAUGGGUACCUGGCAGCAUAAAUCUAAUAAUUCUUUUAAAAUUUAGCAAAAAGAAACUGCCAAGACGCGGGAUCCACAGGAGUUUCUAAAGUCUCUCGAUCCGUUGUGCAAGGAUAUUGUUAUACAUUCGAAAAAAGCAGCUUUGUACAAGUUUGUCGAUGGAAAAUGGUCAACAACGGAUAUUGCUGGACCGUUGUUCCUAUACAAAAGGCUGGAGAAGCCUAACUAUUCAUUAAUUUUUGCAACGAAAUCUUCUCAUUUUAUAAGGCCAGUGACUGAAAACGCUAAGGUUGAAUUCAAGAGUCCGUUUAUCUUUCUUCACUUAAAGAAAGGUUCGUUUUUCGAGUACUUCAUUAAAAUUUUUAUAUAAACUAUUUUUAAGCUGUAAAUAUAUGUUUGAAUGAUCUGUUACUAAUAUAAUACCUUCCUUUUUGGUCUAACAAAACAUUUAACUUUGAUAUUCAGAUGAGUCACUUGGAAUCUGUUUUAAAGAAGUCACGGAAUGCCCCAAGUUUUUUGAAGUUUUAACAUCAAUUACUAAAGGAUCGAAGGUCGUAACAAAGGCUGAUAAUGCUUUGAAUAAGUUCUUGAACAAAAGCGAGAAGGAAGUUACUAUGAAGUAUUCUGAAAAAACCACGGUAACUGCUUCUUACAAGUCGCAUAAUGUCACCAAGAAAGUAAAGGUAAUUAAUUUUCUACUUUGGUUAUAUCGUUAAAUUUAAACUGAGAUGUAUAAUUAUAUUUUGUGAACGUAUACUUGAAAAAAAUUGUUUUAGACUUCAAAAGUGAAGACGUUUACCCAGUCCGAGUUGGUGGACGUGUCAGACCAGAACCUGAAGUGUAUAAAGAUGAUUGAUCCGUUUGCUAAUGCUAUUGUUUCUCAGGCCAGUCAUGGAGCCUUGUACAAUUACAAUGUUGACAAAGACGAGUGGGUAAAGUCGGACAUUGGAGGUCCGUUCUUUGUGUACAGUAGGAAGGAAAAGCCCGCGUACUCGUAUAUGAUCGCCAACCGACAGUCGUUUGAGGAUUGGAUUCAGCCGAUCACUAAGGAUAUGAGAUUCGAAUGUAAUGCACCUUACAUAUUUACUAACAUUCCAAAGAGUAGGUCUUUGCAUUAUGGUUUAUUACUGUGAAGAGCUUUAUUUACUACAAUAUAGUAAUUUUAAUUGUAUUCAUAUAAUACGCUUCUAUAGAUUAACUGUAUCUUUUCAGAGGAAAUUAACGCUUUAUGGUUUGGCGAUGACAAACAAUGCUUAAGUGUAUAUAAAACUCUGACAGAUCUGAAGAAUUUGUUGAAUCAACCAGAAGCCACGACCUCUGACAGUGCUACAGGAUCAUCUUCAAAUGACAGUAGCAACAUUCUCGACGUACUCUUUCCCCAAACUCUAGUAGUAAAAGUACAUAAACCAGAAGAGGCAGUAGUUGAAGAAGUAGACAAUGAUGAAGAAGAUUGCGAUGAUGAAGAAGAAUUUGAAGACAGUGACGAUACGAUCGGAGAAAGUUAUCAUGAACUUCAAGGUAGUACACACAGUAGUAUGAAUGACGAUGGAAUAACGGAACGGUCAAAUCGCGGAGCUGAUCGACCGGUUACAGUGCACACUGCACCAAAAGUACUAGUAGCACUGUUUGGUUCAGCUGCUAAAGGAUGA